AUGUUCAAUCUCAAUGACACGGUCUUCAUGCCCUCAGUGUUGACACUGAUCGGGAUCCCUGGAUUGGAGUCUGUGCAGUUCUGGUUUGGAAUUCCUUUCUGUGCCAUGUACAUCACUGCUCUAUUUGGAAAUUCCCUGCUCCUGAUCAUCAUCAAAUCUGAACGCAGCCUCCAUGAGCCCAUGUAUCUCUUCCUGGCAAUGCUUGGAGCAACAGACAUUGCUCUCAGUACCUGCAUCCUACCCAAAAUGCUAGGAAUAUUCUGGUUUCAUCUGCCAAAAAUAUACUUCGAUGCUUGUCUCUUUCAGAUGUGGCUCAUCCACACCUUCCAGUGCAUUGAAUCAGGAAUUCUGUUGGCCAUGGCCCUAGAUCGCUAUGUGGCCAUCUGUGAUCCCCUGAGACAUGCAACCAUCUUUACCCACCAACUUCUCACUCAGAUUGGGGUUGGAGUGACGCUCAGAGCAGCCCUCCUUGUAGCUCCAUGUCUCAUCCUCAUCAAGUGUCAGUUGAAACACUACCGGACCACUGUGGUCUCCCAUUCAUACUGUGAGCACAUGGCCAUCGUGAAGUUGGCAGCAGAAGACAUCCGAAUCAACAAGAUCUAUGGUCUCUUUGUGGCUUUCACUAUACUUGGAUUUGACAUAGUCUUCAUCACACUCUCUUACAUCCAAAUAUUUCUAACUGUCUUCAGUCUUCCUCAGAGGGAAGCUAGGCUCAAAGCCUUCAAUACCUGCAUUGCCCAUAUUUGUGUCUUCCUCGAGUUUUAUCUACUGGCUUUCUUCUCCUUCUUUACACACAGGUUUGGAUUCCAUAUUCCACCCUACAUUCAUAUUCUUCUGUCCAACCUUUAUCUGCUUGUCCCUCCUUUGCUCAAUCCUAUUGUGUAUGGGGUAAAGACCAAACAGAUUCGAGAUCGAGUGUCCAAGAUUUUCUACUCUAAAGAUCCAUCUUGAUUUCUCAUUUAACUCUUUUUAAAUAAUAAAAUUU